AUGAAAAUCCCCCGCCGGCGCACCACGUUUCGUCGCUACCUUGUGGGGGCACUCUUGUUGACGCUGACCUUCUACCUCCUCCCAAAAUCAGACACAAUAGCAUCUUGGGUCCGGCCCUUGGCUGGCGCAACACCACACCCCAUCGAUCCUCUCAUCCGAAACGCCGAGAAAGAGUUCGAAGCCAAACUCUCCAAGUCGACGCAGACACUCACAGCUGCCGCCGCCGCCUACCGAAAGCGACGAGGCCGGCACCCCCCUCCAGGGUUUGACAAAUGGUACGAGUUUGCCACGGAACGGGGAGCCAUCAUCGUCGAGGAUUUCUGGGACCAGAUCUACCAGGAUCUAGAACCCUUCUGGGGCGUCCGGCCCGCCAAGAUCCGCAAGGAUGCCCGCGACUUUGAUAUGCGUAUCCAGAUUCGCGAUGGCAAGGCGUCGACUAGUAGCGACUGGUUUUGGACCCAGAUCUGGCUCGGGAUGAUCCAGACUGUCGAGCACCUGCUGCCGGAUAUGGAUCUUGCUGUAAACCCGAUGGACGAGCCACGUAUGGUGGUACCCUGGGAGGAUAUAGAUGUAUAUAUGCAGAAGGCGGCUGAGACGAUGCGCAUUGUCGCUGUUGAGAGUGUAGUAUCCAGGUUCAGCUCACGAACCGGGGAAGCGCCUGAGGAGGACCAAAGCGAUAUGCUUCCCGCACAGUGGGAAAGGGACACCCCUUUAGCCUCGGAACACAUGAAAAACGGCUAUGUGGCCAACUACACCCUCAGCACCGACUACUGCCACCAGCCAGAUCUACAAGCACUCGAAGGCAUCUUCGUCGAGCCGAUCAGUGUCGCGGCCACCAAAUCGCUGAUCCCUGUCUUCGGCGGCUCCAAGCUCUCGCGCAACAACGACAUCCUCCUCCCCGCCGCCAUCUACUGGAGCGAAGAAAAGCGCUUCUUCGGCGCCGAAGCCGCCGCCACGCCCUGGACCGCCAAACAAUCCUCGGCAAUCUGGCGCGGCGUAGCCACCGGCGGCCUCAACACCGCCACCAACUGGCGCGCCUUCCAACGCCACCGCUUCGCCGCCAUGAACAGCCCCACGCUCCUCGCCCACGCCGAAGCCAACCCGGAGGAACCCCCACCCAACUUCGUCCUCCCGGACAAGCGCUACGCCCUCCCCGCCGCCGCACAGACCGACCUCCCUGGCUGGAUCGCGCGCACCACCGACAUCGCGCUCACCGAAAUGGCCUGCUCCAACAAGGGCUUCUCGCCCUCGUGCGACUACACGGCCGCCUACUUCACCCCGGCCGCCGGCGUGCCCAUGGCCACGCAGUUCGAGCACAAAUACCUGCCGGAUAUCGACGGAAACUCCUUCAGCGGGCGGUACCUGGGCUUUUUAAGGUCGACGAGCGUCCCCGUGAAGGCGACGCUGUGGCGGGAGUGGCAUGAUGCGCGGCUGGUGGCGUGGAAGCAUUUCGUGCCGAUGGAUGGGCGGUUUGGGGAUUGGUGGGGGAUUUUGGGGUAUUUUCUGGGGGGUGGGGGGGAAGGGGGAGUGGCCAAGGGGAGGGAUAGGGUGGGGGAGGGGAUUGCGAUGGCGGGGAGGGAGUGGGCGGCGAAAGUGCUUAGGAAGGAGGAUAUGUCGGUUUAUGUGCUGAGGUUGUUGUUGGAGUAUGGGAGGGUGACGGAUGAUAAGAGGGAGGUGUUGGGAUGGGUGGGGGAUUUGAGGGAGGAGGUUUAA